AUGAGCACGACUCAGAAGAUUGCGAAGGACGUGCAAAAUGGCGCCGAGGGCAUCGAGCACGACUCGAACAAUGAAGUCCAAGCCAGUGAUGAUACGGCACCCGGUUCACGCAAAGAACCUGCGAAAACGCGGCUCAACAAGAAUGACAAGAAGCCACGACAACCUGCGCCACUGACUGUCAAGGCUCCUCGCAAACCUCGCCCAAAGAUUGUCAAACUGGCCCCGCGCAGGCCGUUUCCGACGGUACCGACAUCAUCGAAUGCAACAGGUCCCAAGUCGAAGCGAAAAGAGGGCAACAAUAUGAUCUGUGUUACACGGCGAACCGAACUCGGUGCAUACCUGCGACAAUGCCGCGACUUGUUUGUCAAAUACGACUACAAAGAGAUUCGCCUCGCCGCAAUGGGAGCGGCUAUCCCUCACGCCGUAAUGCUUGCGACAUCGUUGCCCACCAUUCUACCUUAUGAUCAAAGCGAGAUCAAGACAAAGAUUACUACCGGAUCGGUGACUGUCAUGGAUGAAGUUAUACCAGAAGACGAAGAUGACGAGGGCGGUACACAAAACCGAACCAAAGGCUCGGUAGAUAUCGUAAUCAGCAUAGCUCCAUCUGCAGACAUGGUUCCGAGCCCAUCUAUCAUGGACGAAGACUCGUUCUCCGACUGA